UCAGGGAGAAGCAAGAUGGCGACGGCGACGGAGGAAGACACGGAGCUGAGGGAUCUCCUCGUGCAGACGCUGGAGACGAGCGGGGUGCUGAAUAAAAUCAAGGCAGAAUUGCGAGCAGCUGUAUUUUUAGCACUAGAAGAGCAAGAGAAAGUAGAGAACAAAACACCUCUGGUAAAUGAAAGUUUGAAAAAGUUUUUAAAUACAAAAGAUGGUCGAUUGGUGGCUAGUCUGGUUGCUGAAUUUCUUCAAUUCUUCAACCUUGAUUUUACUUUGGCUGUCUUUCAGCCUGAAUCAAGCACAUUAAAUGGGCUUGAGGCUCGAGAGAAUUUAGCACGGGACUUGGGAAUUAUAGAAGCUAAAGCUACAAAAGAAGGGCCCUUACUGCUGGAAGUGAUCAGAAGAUGCCAGCAGAAGAAGGGAGUGUCUAACUUUGGAGAGGUAGCCCCUAUAAUAUCUGAUGGUAUACAUUCUCCUCCAAAAUCAUCAGAUGGAAGAUCUAACAUACACUCAUUGCCAAGUAAGAUACCAAGGUAUAAAGGACAUCGUAAACAGAAAAGGUGCUUGGACACAACUGAGCAGGUUACUGGAACAAGUCAUAGUGAUACAAGCAUCUUGUCUGGAGAAGCAAAGAGCAAAGGCAGCAUUCACUCCUUACCCAAUGAAACAAAACUAAUUUCUCAACCAAACAAAGAUGUAGAUACCAAAGAAAAGAAUAAUCUAGCAGUAGGAGAAGAUGCUGCAGAGGGAGAUUCCUUCUUUGAUGAUCCCAUACCAAAACCAGAACAAAGUUAUGACUGGAAGAAUGACUCUAUCAAGGAAGGAAAUGCUUCUCUUUCUGAUGUACCACCUAUAAAGACUGGUCUGAGCUCUUUGUCUGGAGCACCUCCUCUAAAAAAGUCUGACAAUGCAAACUCAAUUUUGAAAGAUGUAAAGAUGAUGAAUUCUAAAUUUGGAUCACUUGAACUAGGGGAUGAAGAGGAAUAUGCUGAUGACUUCAAUAGUACUAGUCAUCGGUCAGAGAAAAGUGAAGCCAGCAUUGGUGAAGAAAUAGAUGACAUUUCCGUAGAAUUAGACGACUUCAAUCCUAGUGAUAAACUUGAAGACUUCACACAAGAUUUCACCAUUUCUCAGUUAAGUGGUGAAGCAGAUUACUUAGAGGAUGUUGCAUGAGUAGAACAAGCAAAGAUCUUAAUUUGUUGACUUGAAGAACUUUGUAGACUAUAUUUUAAGACAAUCACUCUGCUGAAAUAUCCCCUCCCAAAUUGUGCCUUGUGUUUCAACAGAAACUCCCCCAACAAACGAGUUGGGAAAAGAGUUUUUAAACUUGUAAGAACUGAAAGAAGAAGUAAUUUUGGAGCGUGGUAUUGCGGUCUCGUUAAGCUAAUUCGUAUGUGUAAUAUGUCAAAUAUUUCCCAGAAAGAUGUCCGUUGCAGGCGACAGACACAUCAAGAUGAUUGAUCUACAAGAAUUCAUAAGGGAAGAGAUCUACAAAACAGAUAAACAGUGGCAAACAUGGCUUAAUGUCAUGGCAACCAUUUGGCUUUUUGCUGAAGAACAAACAGUAUUUGAACUUGCUCUUCUGUUGACCUAAUUAAAAUUACAGUUUUUCUCUCUUAGCUGUUGAAAUUACUUUAGUGGCCAGGAGAUAUGAACCAAGAUCUUCAAAACUGACUCGUUAGAUUGCCUAACAUGAGGCAUAUUAAAAUACUUUAGUGGCUGAAUCAUGAAUCCCUGUGGUUUCUAGUAAGUUGGUCCAUUGUUGCAACUUAGGUGCUUAGUUUUGCAUGGCCAAGAUCACUAGGUACUUCUGAAAAUUGCAGCUGGAAUAUGAGCCUUAACUCUAAACUUAUUUUUAUAUAUUUAAACAUUUGUUAUUCUAAGAUAGCCUUUUGUUUGUUAAUUUAAUGAAAGCUAUAAAUGGUUGUUAGCAUGAGGGUUUUUUCUUUGAAACACAGCUUAAUACUGAAUAAAACUAUUCCAAGAA